GCACAUUACCAUAGCGUUUACCUGCCCUGCAGCGUUACCUUGGCAGCCAUGGCCACCCCGACAUCCACCAGCAGUCUAGACUCCUCGUCAGCACCGCCGACAAAAAAGCGCACUAAGAAACCUUUUACACGACAGCAGCAUGGAUGCUUGACGUGUCGGCAGCGCAGGAAGAAGUGUGAUACGAGGAUGCCUGUCUGUGGGGACUGUACGCGACUUAAUCUUGUUUGCGAGUAUCAGGCACCCCGGCGGGUUAGAAAGUCACAGGGUGCAGUGGUGAGGUAUCCUGAUGCGCACACGGGGAUCAGUGAGCCUGUGGAUGUGGUGCGGCCGGAUGAUGGGCACUCUGGGGAUUUGAGUACGGGGAGGAGGGCGAUGCUGCGGUACUACACCACGACUCUGGCACAGAUGCUGUCGACGAAUACUGAGAAUAACUGCUUCAUUUCGGUGCUACUACCAAUGGCAUUCGACUGUCCAGUUCUCUUAGACGCCAUAACAGCGUUGUCAUCAACGCAUCUCGCAAUGUGCAACCCAGACUUCAACGACAUAUCCCUCCAACACCGAGGUCGCGUCCUAGCCGCGUUCAGAAAUUCUCUUGAUGAAGACAACAGUCUCACAAGUGAAAUGCGCCUCGCCAUCGCAAUGGUCAUGUGCGCAUUAGAAACGAUAUCAGAUGGAACGAGCGUUGGCUGGACAUGUCACGUUGCCGGUGCAGCAGCAUGUCUCGAUUCAAUACGAUCGUCAAGAAACUUGAGCUUUGAAGCAAAAUGGCUCCUACGCUUUUUUGCUUAUCACGAUAGCUUGACGAGUAUAUCUCUUGAUCGGAAGCCUUUGCUGACGGGCGAUUACUGGAUGUCGAGCGAUGAUGCAUUGGCUGAUCCAUAUUGCGCUUAUGCGCCGAGAAUUAUCUUCUACUUGUCUGAGAUAAGUGUUCUUGGAACAAUUGAGUCAGAUGAGGAGAUGCUACAGAAGGCGUACGAGAUUGCGAACGGUCUUGCGGAGUGGAAGUGCAAAGCCGGUAUCACGAGUGAUGAGCCUCUCGCGUUGUUGAGUGAGACAUAUCGCGGCGCGGCUUUCAUCUACCUCGAGUCAGUUUUACGAAAACGCUUCUCACAACAUACUGUGGCGGAAGUAGUACCAGGAGGGAUUUCGACGCAUAUUGAGGCUAUAUCUAGCCUGUCAGACAGGAUACCCCAAGGCGCAUUUGCUGAAUGCUCUUUACUCUUCCCUCUUUUUGUUGCGGGAAGUAGAGCUGAGAAUGCAAGACAAGCGAGCGUUAUCCGGAACAGAUUAGUGGCGAUGAAUAAGUGGAGGAAGUUCAAGAAUGUUGAUGCUUGUGUUGACGUUCUUGAUGAGAUCUGGGCAGUCAAUGGGCCAAGGGCAGUUGCGUGGCAGGACGUGUCAAAACAUCGCGGUUGGAACUUGGCUUUAUUUUGAGGACUAUCUAUAUACAUCAUCUCCGA